AUGAACAUCCUCCACUCCACACUCUCCACCUGGCGCGACCGCCUCGCCCCAGUCUCCCGAACCUCAACGUUCCGCAACACAGGACAAAUCACACCCGAAGAGUUCGUCCUGGCCGGCGACUACCUCGUCUACAAGUUCCCGUCAUGGGCGUGGGCCGACGCCUCCUCGCCCGCCAAACGUGUAUCCUAUCUCCCCGAGGGGAAGCAGUUCCUGGUGACGCGCGGGGUCCCCUGCCACCGACGGCUCAAUGAUAACUUCGCGGGGGAUGCGGGCCACGAUGACGAGAUCGUCCGGGACAUGUUGUCGGGCGGGGCCGGGGAGGAUGAUGACGAUGGGUGGUUGAGGACCGGGGGCGGCGGGGACGCAGCCCAUCGGGACCGGGAGACUCGGAUUCGCGAUGUGCGGACCGUUGAUGAGGCGGGGAAUAUGGGCGAGAAGGAGGAGGAAGAGGAAGAGGAGAUUCCCGAUAUGGAGGAUGAUGAUGACGAUGAGGAGGCGAUUAUUCGUGAGCCGGUGGGAGGGUCGGGGAUGACGCAGUAA